CGCCCGACAAUCUCGAAUUCCCACUGCAGACCGGCGCGUAGCGGAGGCAGCACGACCGGCCGAUCUUCCGAUUGACGAAGCGACUCUCUCACCAAUUUUGCCGCACCGCGAUUGACCCCGCCAUCGUCCCGAAUCGACCGCAACAACCGCCCAUCAUGCCUCAAGACAUGCCCCCCCGGGGCGGGUACGAGCCCGUCCAGUACAAGCGAAACCUGCCCGCCAAGGGCUUCCGACCUGGAAUCCUCCUCCUCGGCAUGGGCGCCGUCAUGGGCUACGGCUGGUACAAGCUGAUUGGCGGUAUUCGGGAGGCCAACGAGCUUGCCCGUGAGAAGAUGUGGGCUCGCAUCCACCUGAUUCCCCUGCUCCAGGCCGAAGAAGACCGCGACCAGGUGCGACGAUUCUGGGCCGACCAGAAGCGCGAGAAGGAGCUGUUGGGCGACAACACGAAGGUUUACAACAGCGACAGAUUCGUGCGACCAACAUUUGCCGUUUCCCCGGCACCUUCGAAAUAAAUGGAGUGAUAUAACAUAGGGAAGACGAAGAAAAUGCGCUCGAAUGGAAUUGGAAUCUUGUAUAUAUGUGUGUUGACUUGUUCGGCCAGAUGGCGUCGACAAAAUGGGGUAGAAACAACAAUAAAGGAGGGCAUGGCAAUCUAUAUUCUUCAUCUCAUUUUGGCUCAAGUGCUACGAAAUUCCCCAAGCGCAGAUCAACUAUUCCAUCAAAGGGAAAAGAAACAGCGAAAUCAAAAAUCACAAGAGUUUGUUAAUAGCGAUUAUAGGCCAAUCUCAUCAAACUUGCACACCAA